ACAUUGCACUUCUCUUCUAUCUAUACUAGUAUAAGAACUCACUAAACUUAUCAGCCUUAAAUGUUUUCUUAGCUAGUUCCUCUCGUUACCCUAACACAACACUAUCACACCAUUACACAAUGACAAUAUAUAAGUUCAAUUCUUUACUACUCCUGUUCUUUUCUCUAUCUUUGUUCCUACACCAAUCUUUAGCAAUUGAUGAAGAAACAAGUAAUGACAUUAACUGGUGGUGUAGCAAAACUCCUCACCCCGAGCCAUGUAAAUACUUCAUGUCCGGAGAUUCUUUCAAACCCCAAAACAAAUCCGAAUUUCGAACAAUGACAGUCCAAGUUGCAUUGGAUCAUGUGAUUCAAGUACAGGCCCAUGCAAAAAACGUAAGCCAAUAUUGCAGGGGAAAACGUAAGCAGUUAGUAUGGAUGGAUUGUGACAAGCUAAUGGAUGAUACAGUUCUCCAAUUAAACCGUAGUCUUGACGGGAUUAAAUCAAAUUCAAGUUCAGAUUUUGAUGCUCAAACUUGGCUUAGUGCAUCUAUGACAAACAUUGAAACAUGUUUAUCCGGAUCAAAUGACCUCAAUGUUUCCAAUAUCCUACAGCCGAAUUUGUCCACUAAUGUUUCGCAGCUGAUUAGUAACUGUUUGGCUAUGAAUGGGGAGUUCGUGGACUGGGAAAAUACAACACAAGUUGGUGGAUUUCCAAAUUGGCUCACGGCUAGUGAAAGAGUGUUGUUACAUUCCUCGUCGAUAGAUUUGAUGGCUACGAAGGCUAAUUAUGUGGUGGCUAAAGAUAGAUCGGGUCAUUUUCGGUCUAUUCAGUCUGCAAUUAAUUAUGCAACUUCAAGAAGAGUUGGAAAUCAGAGGAUUGUGAUAUACAUCAAAAGGGGUGUUUAUAGAGAGAAUAUAUUGAUAGGUCCAACUAUGGGGAAGAUUAUGUUAGUUGGUGAUGGCUUGAGAUACACUGUAAUCACAGGCAGCCGCAGUGUUGCUGCAGGUUACACAACUUACAGUACUGCAACUCUUGGGGUGGACGGGAUUGGAUUCAUUGCUCGAGGCAUCACAUUCCGAAACACAGCAGGGCCACAAAAUGGCCAAGCAGUAGCUCUUCGAUCCGCAUCAGAUCUUUCAGUGUUCUACGGCUGUGGUUUCGAAGGAUACCAAGAUACCCUUUUUGUCCAAUCCCAACGUCAGUUCUACAAAUCAUGUUAUAUCUACGGCACCAUAGACUUCAUCUUCGGCAACGCCGCAGUUGUUUUCCAAAAUUGCAUGAUUUACGUUCGAAGGCCCUUAUGGGGUCAAGUGAACGUAAUCACAGCACAAGGCAGAAACGACCCUUUUCAGAACACUGCAAUUUCAAUUCAUAACUCUCGGAUAAUGGCAGCACCUGAUCUUCGGCCCGUGGUUCAGUCGUUUCAGACAUAUUUGGGACGUCCGUGGCAGCAAUAUUCAAGAACGAUUAUAAUGAAGACUUAUAUUGACAGUUUAGUAAACCGAGCAGGUUGGUUAACUUGGUUAGAUUCUAAUUUUGCUUUGAGCACUUUGUACUAUGCGGAAUAUGGUAAUAUUGGACCAGCGGCUUCAACAAGGUAUAGGGUGAAAUGGCCUGGUUAUCAUGUGAUAAAGAGUGGUAAUGUUGCUUCGAAAUAUACUGUUGCUAGCCUUAUUGCUGGAAGGGCAUGGCUGCCUUCUACUGGUGUGCCAUUCACUGCGGGGCUCUAAACAAGUGUUAUACUACUCUUUUAUUUGUAUUGUUAAUUUUCUUCUUAUUUUUUCAUUGAUUUUUUUCGUACGUGUCAUGUCAUUAUGACACAUAAAUGGAUACUAUGGAGUAUGGAGUAUUAUUUGCCCACACUUUCUUUGUCCGUUUCCUAGUUUUAUGUGCAAAUUGUUAUAG